UAAAACGCUUACCAUGCACGAUGUGAAAAACCAAAGCGUGCAAACUGAUGUGGCCAAGUUUAUUCAAUUCGUUAUACUUUCUGUUAUUUAGUUGUUGUGUUUGUGUUAACGUCGGAAUAUGUCUCAAAAGAAGAAGCAUGGGUCAAGUCAUCAAUUGACCCAUUUGAUCUAUCGACAUUUGAAGGAAAACGGCUUCCAGAAAGCUGCAGAAGAACUCAAAAAGCAUGUGAAGUGCGGAGAACCAGAAGCCUUGUCAACUUCACUACUGGACAUCUACAAUAAAUGGUUUGGAGAUGCUUCCAAGAGUACAAAGACUGGAACAGAACCGGAUUCUUCUGAGUUAAAAAAUAACCGUCAAGCAGACCCUGAAAGCAGCACAGAGAGCUCGAGUUCAGCAGAGGAAGAAACAACACCUGUUAAAGCCUCCCAGACCCCAAAGCCUCAGAGCUCAGCUAAGGCCAGCCCAACUAAGGCCAAGACUGCAUUGCAGACGACUCUUGGAGGGAAGGGGAUAGUAGUGGAGGAGAUCUCUGGGACAGACAGCUCAGAGGACUCUGAGAGUGAGGAGACACCGCCACAAAAAAGCCCUGCUACGCCCAAAGCCAAUCAUGUUCCAGCUGCAAAGAUCAAGGCCGUGUCAGAGGUUACACCAUCGACCCCAACCAAAGCCAAGUUAUCAACCACUUCCACGCCUAAAUCUGGGGCCUCCAGCAAUACCACUGAUACGUCGUCAGACAGGAAAGAGGCAACAACAGUGAAAACACCCUUGGCGCCAGCACCAGGGACGCCAACCAGUAAACCAACAUCAACAGCCAAGACGAAAGCCACCCCAACUAAAGCAGUUGUUGUUGCCACUCCAAGCAAGGCCAAGGCAACAACAACUGCUACAUUUACAGCAUCCGACUCAUCCAGUUGCAGUAGUGAAUCGUCAGAUAGCGAUGAGGAGAGUCCCGCGGCGAAAACACCCACAACACCAAAAGCAACACCUGCAAAACCGGUAACACCAAUUAGUAAAACAACGUCAACGGCCAAGCCAACAACCAAGUCGAAGACUACAGCGCCAGAGGCUUCCAGUGACAGCUGUGAUUCAUCAUCAGAAAGUGAAGAGGAAGGUCCAACAGUGAAAACACAGACAGCGCCAGUGAAGCAACAGACAGCAACACCAACAGCCAAGAUGAAAGCUACCCCAUUUAAACCAGUGGUUGCUGCUACCCCAAAUAAGACCUCGGCUAGUAAGGAGUCCAGUGAUAGCAUUGAUUCGUCAUCAGGCAGCAACGGGGAGGGUCCAGCAACAACAACAGCUGCCACUCCGAAAGCUACACCAGUGGUGCAACAGAAAGCAACAUCAACAGCCAAGACGAAAGCUACUCCAACUAAAGCAGUUGUUGUUGCCACUCCAAGCAAGGCUACGGCUACAACAACUGCUACAUUUACAGCAUCCGACUCAUCCAGUUGCAGUAGUGAAUCGUCAGAUAGCGAUGAGGAGAGUCCCGCGGCGAAAACACCCACAACACCAAAAGCAACACCUGCAAAACCGGUAACACCAAUUAGUAAAACAACGUCAACGGCCAAGCCAACAACCAAGUCGAAGACUACAGCGCCAGAGGCUUCCAGUGACAGCUGUGAUUCAUCAUCAGAAAGUGAAGAGGAAGGUCCAACAGUGAAAACACAGACAGCGCCAGUGAAGCAACAGACAGCAACACCAACAGCCAAGAUGAAAGCCACCCCAGUUAAACCAGUGGUUGCUGCUACCCCAAAUAAGACCUCGGCUAGUAAGGAGUCCAGUGAUAGCAUUGAUUCGUCAUCAGGCAGCAACGGGGAGGGUCCAGCAACAACAACAGCUGCCACUCCGAAAGCUACACCAGUGGUGCAGCAGAAAGCAACAUCAACAGCCAAGACGAAAGCUACUCCAACUAAAGCAGUUGUUGUUGCCACUCCAAGCAAGGCUACGGCUACAACAACUGCUACAUUUACAGCACCCGACUCAUCCAGUUGCAGUAGUGAAUCAGAUAGCGAUGAGGAGAGUCCCGCGGUGAAAACACCCACAACACCAAAAGCAACACCUGCAAAACCGGUAACACCAAUUAGUAAAACAACGUCAACGGCCAAGCCAACAACCAAGUCGAAGACUACAGCGCCAGAGGCUUCCAGUGACAGCUGUGAUUCAUCAUCAGAAAGUGAAGAGGAAGGUCCAACAGUGAAAACACAGACAGCAACAUCAACAGCCAAGACGAAAGCCCCUCUGGGUACCUCAGUUAAACCGGUGGUCGCUGCCACUCUAAGCAAGACCCCAGCUAGUAAGGAGUCCAGUGACUGCAUUGAUUCGUCAUCAGACAGCGAAGAGGACAGUCCAGCAACGGAAGCAGCCACAACACCGGCGAAACCCGCUAAUAAUGCUACCCCGGCUAGAGCAGCGACUGUUGCCCCUCCAUGCAAGGCCACGGCAACAGCCACUGUCACAGCCAAGACUAUAACAGCAGAGUCAUCUAGUGACAGCAGUGAUUCGUCAGACAGUGAAGAGCAGGUUCCAUCGGUGACAACAGCUGUAACACCGACAGCUACAACGGGGAAGCAAACAAAACCAACAUCAACAGCCAGGACGAAAGCCCCUCCGGCUACCCCACUUAAACCAGUGGUUGCUGCCACUCUAAGCAAAACCCCAGCUAGUAAGGAGUCCAGUGACCGCAUUGAUUUGUCAUCAGACAGUGAAGAAGAGGGUCCGGCACCGAAAACAGCCGUGACAACAGCCCCUCCUGCUAACCCAGCUAAAGCAGUGACUGUUGCCACUCCAAGCAAGCCUAAGGCAACAGCCACUGUCACCGCCAAGACUACAAAACCAGGGUCAUCUAGUGACAGCAGUGUUUCAGCAACAACAACAGCGGCAAGACCGAAAGAUACACCAGUGAAGCAAUCGAAACCAACAGCAAGGACGAAAGCCCUUCCGAGUACCCCAGUUAAACCAAUGUUCGCUGCCACUCCAAGCAAGACCCCAGCUAGAAAGGAGUCCAGUGACUGCAUUGAUUCGUCAUCAGACAGCGAAGAGGACAGUCCAGCAACGAUAACAACCUCAAAACAACAAACUACACCAGCGAAACAAGCGAAACUGAAAGCAACAUCAAAAGCCAAGACGAAAGCCACUCCCGCUACUCCAGCUAAGCCCGUGGUUGCUGCUACCCCAAGCAAGUCCCAGGCAACACCCACUGUCACACCUACAAGUACAGCACCAGAGUCGUCCAAUGACAGCAAUGACUCACCAUCAGACAUCCCAGAUGAAGCCCCAGCAAAGCAUGCUGAGGUUCAACUUAAGACCCCUGCUUCAGCUAAGAAGGCCCAGAGUGGGGGAAAGGGAAAUACAUCUGCUUCUAAGGACCUGCUCCUACUGCUGAACAGUCUUACUUCACCCACAGCAAAAGCCAUUGAGAAGAAGAGUGUCCGUAGUGGAGACUACUCCGUUGAGGAAACUACAGCUGUUACAGCAACACCUGCUGUUGCUCCAGCCACAAAUAAAGGAAAGAAGGUGGCUGCAAAAGACAAGAAAGCAACCUCAUCGAAGAAAGCACAAGCCUCAGCUCCAUCAGCCAAGAGGAAAAGAGGUGAAGACAAACCAGGGAACACCCCCGUUAAAGGCAAAAGGAAGAAGCCCUCCCCUGAGACUGUCAUGGCUGCUCUGCCUCUGACCGUUCUUGGUCCUCCUCCUACAGGGGGAGACGACUCUGGCUCGGACUCUGACUCCGAUCUGGACGUGGAGAAGUGGAAGAGACUGGCACUGGAACUAUCAGACACAAACAUCGCCAAAAUGGACGCCAUCACUGCGCUGAACGCUCCACCUGCCCCUGCCUCAGCAGCGAAGAAAAUAAGAGCGCCGACGAAGCCCAGGGCUAAAGCUGCAUCGAAGACACCUAAACCCAAGGCUGGCGCUGCAGUGGGAAAGUCUCGUGCUGCUGAAAAGGUCAAGACUACAGCAGAGAAGGAAGAUGGGAAUGUGAAGACCAAGACAUCUGCUAAAGCCAAGUCCAGUCAGGCUAAGAAGGCAGCACCUCCCACCCCAUCAGUCAAAACACCUCCCACCCCAUCAGUCAAAACACCUCCCACCCCAUCAGUCAAAACACCCCCCACCCCAUUCCCUGAAGGCCAAGCAGAGAUCAACACUAAUACUGCCAACCUUACGACUGUGGCAGACAAACAGCCACCCACCACGCCUCCUACCCCAACACCUAAUGGAAAAUCGUCAGCCAACAAAAGGAAGAGGAAGAGGAAAAAUAAGAACAAUGAGACUAAAACAGAUGACAAUUCACCACAACCUCAAAAGAAGAAAAGGGAAACCGGCGAAGAGAAGACGGAUGAAAAGAACAAUGAGACUGUAGAAGAGAAGGAACCAGGGAAGGAAAAGAAGAGGACGACUAAGGAGAAUGGUGCAAAAAAGGAGAAGGGAACGAAGAAGAAACAGGAGGAGAUAAGAAAGGAGAAUGAGACUAAGAUGGAACUGGAAAAGGAUAAGAAGAAGAAAACGAAUGAGAACUGUGUUGACAAGGAACCACCACCUCCAUCCACCACAUCAACACCUGAUUCUCCAACAGAGAAGAAAAAGAUUAAAAAGCUGAAACUCUCAAAGACUGCAGUGUCUGAGAUGCCAGCCACACCUGCCCAAGACUCCAUCCCUGUACAGCACCCUCCAGCACCCACAGAGACCCCACCUAAAAAGAAAAAGAAAUCAUCUAAGAGUAAGUAAGGCCUUUGGAGAUGAAGACCAUCUAAAAGGGGCCUCUCAAGUGUAUGUGGACCUGGAUCCAUUCUACCUACAUGGCAGUGCAGCAACAACGGGUAAAGACUGUCUGUCCACAGGAUGGUCUCCCUGGACCAGAUCAACUGGGGAUUUGUUCUAUUUUUUAUUACAUUGUAUACUGUAACGAAUUAACUCUUCCCGUUUUGCUAAAGUUGAAACAGUGUUUUUUUUUUGCCUAUUUGUUUUAUCAAUUUUUUUUUUUUAAACUGUAACUGCAUGUCCUGUACAGGUUCUAACUGUUUUCCUAUUUGAAGAUGGCAUACUAUGUGAUGCGCCGCAGCUGUUUUUAUGUUACUGUACAUUUUAAUUAUGGUGUUUUCUUGCAUGUCCUUGUGACAGCGAAAAAAACGGAAUGAUUUUGUUAAUGAAAUGUUACGUUUACGACAGCUUCUGCUGCUUUGCCUCACAUGGUGGAUAAGGCCAGUCCUAAGUGGAGCGAAUGAUCAGAGGAACCUCAAUACAGUAAUGAAGCCCAGAGCCAUUUUUUAACCAUUUACACCCUUGUAAUAAAUGCAUAAUAUGGAAAUAUUUGAUAGAUACUAUGAGGAAAAUAGAUUUUUUUUAAGUUUCAUGGUCAGAUGUGUUUACUGUAUCUUUUUCACAAAAUAAAGCCAUUUUUCCACA